AUGAGUCUCUCGCAGGUGUCACCUUUACCGCAGAUCAAGGACGUUGUGCUAGGAGAUACCGUUGGGCAGGGCACAUUUGCCUGCGUUAAGAAUGCCCAUCUUCAAAUGGAUCCCUCUGUAAUUCUAGCUGUUAAGUUUGUUCAUGUCCCCACUUGUAAAAAAAUGGGACUCACUGAGAAGGACAUCACAAAAGAAGUGGUUUUACAAUCCAAAUGCUCUAAGCAUCCUAAUAUUUUGAGACUUAUAGAUUGUAAUGUAUCUAAAGACUAUAUGUGGAUAAUUAUGGAAAUGGCUGAUGGUGGUGACCUCUUUGAUAAAAUUGAACCUGAUGUGGGAGUUGAUUCUGACGUAGCCCAGUUUUAUUUUCAACAGCUUGUCAGUGCUAUUGAUUAUAUGCAUCGGAAAUGUGGUGUUGCCCAUCGAGACAUUAAGCCUGAAAAUGUCUUAUUAGAUAAAAACGGGAACUUGAAACUAGCUGAUUUUGGGCUUGCUUCCCAGUUUAAAAGAAAAGACGGCACACUACGUGUAUCCAUGGAUCAGAGGGGCUCUCCACCUUAUAUGGCCCCUGAAGUACUCUACUCCGAAGCGGGUUUUUAUGCAGAUCGAACAGAUAUAUGGUCUAUUGGCAUUCUCCUAUAUGUAUUAUUGACCGGCCAAACGCCCUGGGAACUACCGUCGUUGGAGGAUGAAGAUUUUGUCUUCUUCAUACAAAACGAUGGAAACUUGAACUGGGGGCCUUGGUCGAAGAUAGAAUUUACUCAUUUAAACUUACUCCGAAAGAUUUUACAACCUGACCCAGUUAAGAGGGCGACUUUGGAAGCUUUGAAAGCGCAUCCCUGGAUAUCACGUAGAGUCGUAUUUGCUGGGGAUGACGGCCUCUGUAAUGAUCCUGACCUCCUAGCUAAAAAACUCUUUUCUCACCUAAAGGUUUCAUUAAGUAAUGAGAAUUAUUUGAAAUUCACCCAAGAUGUAAGUUCCAACAGCAGGUACAUUUCUACGCAGCCUGUCGGCAAUGAGUUAGCUGAACUUGAACAUGAUUCAGUGCAUUCUAAGGCAAUAGCGAAUACUCAGCGUGCAUUUUCCAUAUAUGAUUCGAAUAUGAAUGGUAACAGUGAUACCUGCAUGACACAAGAGGCUAAAUGGACGCAAUUUAUAAGUAAUGAUAUGGCCGCCUUGCAAUUCCAUUCCGACGAACAUGAUUUUACCAAACCAUUUCAAAAUUGUUUACAGUUCAAUCCCAAUAAGCUUACUAAAUUUUACACUUUUCAACCUAUGGAUAUUUUGCUGCCGAUUCUAGAGAAGGCUUUAAACUUAUCACGAAUUAGAGUGAAACCAGAUCUUUUUGCAAAUUUUGAAAGAUUAUGCGAGUCAUUAGGCUACGAUAAUGUUUUCCCACUUAUGAUAAACAUCAAGACGAAAAGCAAAGGUGGUUGCCAAUUAUCUGGUAGUAUUUCCAUCAUCAAGAUUGAAGGAGACUUGAAAAAUGUUGGAUUCGAAAGGAAAACUGGUGAUCCUUUAGAAUGGAGAAGAUUGUUCAAGAAAAUUUCUACCAUUUGUAGAGAUAUUAUCUUACUUCCCAACCAAAUAAAAGAGGAACCCAAAAAUACGGUGAUUAUGCAUUGA